AUGUGAUAGGAAAAUGGUGUGUAAAUUCAGGAAGGAGCGGGCGGAAGUAGCCUGCUUUGACAGUUGCAAUUUAGUGAGUUUGCGCGAGUUGCCAGUUAGUUGGGGCAAAAGGAAAGGUUUUCGCAACUGGACUAGAGCGGUGAGGUGGUGAACCAGCAAACUGUCCGGCUGUGGAUGAGUGUCGCGCGAAAAGUCCUGUCUUCAUGGCAACGACGUGACAGUGGCUUACGGGGGGCAUUCUGAAAAUGGGUACCUGUUUAAACAUCAAUGCAAUGCGGGCAUCAAUACGAAAAGAGGAGACGGCGAGGGGUGCGAAAAUGUCCCACUUCUGGACAUUGGCUGUUAUACUUUUUAUUUUCACAUGGGCCGGAGUACACCCCCAGGAUGCAAAUCGCGUGGUGUUUUCGCUCGGAACCUUCCUGAACGUGACCGUUCCGCGGAACACGACCGUGCAGGCAGUGGUGUCGAGGAUCCCCCGUGAUAUCACACACAUCACCGUUCAGUUCCACACACGGAACCACAACACCACGCUGUCCUACACGCAGGUCCCGUCAGCAGGCUCCGCCCACACGGCAGUGGAUGCUGGCCUGCUCUCCCCGCUGCUGCCUCUGCAGAGAUCGCUCACCUGGUUCCUGCUGUCCCCCGACAGUGACCCUGUCGCGGGCGUGGGGGUCAUCCUCCCCUACCGAGCCACAGACCCAGUUCCGGGAGGAUGCAGUCUGGGAAAUGACCUCGGAAUCGACCCCAACGUCCACCUGAGCUACAGCCUGUAUGAGACGAGCGUCCACUUUGCUGCCGCCAAUACUGGAUAUGCCAGGGGAGCCCCUCCCCCAGCAUGUGAUGUCACACAGGGGCGUCUGGAGUACGAGGUCUACCAGUACUUCCUGCCGGCCGGGGACCUGUCUGAGCAGUCCCUCCUCUACCACAUCCAGAUAGCGGCCAACAUGCGGAGCAUGAAGGAUCAUGGGAAAAUAGUGGCGACGCUUUCUAUGGCCAAUGGGACGCCGGUGUCCGUUGGCUCCGCCCCAGGUCAGGGGGUCAUCUACUCGGUGAUCGUGCGGGACGUGGUGCUGAACACGUCCGCUAGCUACGUCCCCGCGCACACCUACGCCUGCAGCUUCUCCUCUCUGCUCGACGGCUGCCUGACACUGGGAAAAAUUUCCACUAAGGUGUUCUUCACACUGUGCGGUGUAGGCGGACUUUUUGUCUGUUUCUUCGGGCACCGUUUCUUCAAAUGUGAGCUGUUCUACAUGGGAUAUGUAUUUGGAGCUUUUGUCUUCUUCAUUUUCAUCACCAGAACAGCAAUUCUGGACUAUGACAUCCGAUUGGCCCUGACGGCGGUGAUGGGCGUGGUGGGCGGAGUCCUGCUGGUGCUGAGCUGGUGGAGGUUCGGCUCGGUCAUGGCGUGCGUGGUGGUGGUCGGGCUCAUACUCGGGUUCCUUCUGGCUGCCAUCGUCUUCUACACUCCCCUGGGUGACUUGGCGGUCUUCCGCUCGGCGGUGGUCUUCUGGGUGACCUUCAGCUGCAUCAUGGUGCUGGUGCCUCUGUUCUUUGUGCGCUGGCCGAGAGAGGGGAACAUAGUCAGCUGUGGUGUCGCUGGGGCCUACGCGGUCGUGUUGGCGGUGAACGCGUACGUGUACACCAGCCUGUCCUACAUCACUCUGGACGUCCUGAAGCGCUUCCUCAACACCGGCUUCAGCAGAGACCUCGUCACUGGGCCCCUGCGGGACGUGGAUUUUGGGAUGAUGACGGUGUGGGUGGUGCUGGGCGUGAGCGGGAUCAUCCUGCAGCUGUACCGGGAGCGCGAGCGCCCCUUCUUCCCCCCGAGCCCGUACGUCAUGUGGAGUCAGGCCAGGGAGCGCCGCAAAACCAACGUGUUGGACCCCAGCCACCACGUCCCGCCGCUGCCGGGGCGGGUCCGGGCGCAGGUGCGGGGGCUUUUCCGAAAAAGCGAACCGGCAGAAGAGCAGACACCCCUCCUGCUGUGACUCCACCCCUGAGCCGGUCGAUGCCCCGCCUCCUGCUGUGACUCCACCCCUGAACUGGGCAAUGCCCCGCCUCUUUCUGUGACUCCACCCCUGAGCUGGGCGAUGCCCCACCUCUUUCUGUGACUCCACCCCUGGGCCGGUCGAUGCCCCACCUCCUGCUGUGACUCCACCCCCGAGCCAGUCAAUGCCCCGCCUCCUGCUAUGACUCCGCCCCUGAGUUGGGCUACACCCCUCCUCCUGUGACUGCACCCCUGAGUCAGGUGAUGUCCUCUAGCGGAACUGGUGGACGUCCCACCCGCAGACAGGACUGCGUGGGUGAGCUGCUUUUCGGUUGGUUGGUGGAGCCUCUGGCAUCUGCAGCCUACACAGCAGGCCUGGAGCAGAGGGGCAGGAGCAGCAGGCCAGGGUAUCCUGCGCUGGGCCUGUCCGGGAUCGAUCGAUCGAAGAGUCGCACGCGCACGCCACCGAGAUGGCUCGGUGUUUUUUCGUUUUUUAUUUAUUACAAAUAAUCAGCAUUAUGCCCCUGGGCGUGUGGCUUCUUGCCGUAAAACUGCUAACCUCUGACCUCACGGAGAGCCAGCGGGCUUGUGGCGUGUCCGUUUUGUCUGCUCCAGUCUUUCUGCAAGCACAACGUGCCAGAACACAAGCUCUCUAUCCUAUUAAAACAAAAGCCAUUUUUAAAGCAACGCUUUAA